AUGGCGGCGGCGCGCCUUGGCGGCAGCCUGGGCGCCACGGCCGCGGCGGGGCCAGGUAUCAGCUGCGACUGCGCCCGGGCCGCGCCGCUCGCGGGGCGCCAGGGCCCCUCGCCGCGCGCGGCGCCGUGGCGGCUGCGGGCCGCGCCCGCUUCCUCCUGGCAGCCCCUAGGUGGCCCCGCAGCCGGGCGCGUGCCGCUGGAGUCGAUAGCCGCGGGCGCGGCGCUAGGAACCCUGGCGUCCACGGCCACCCUGAGCGCCACGCUGCGGAGGCGCGGCGCUGUGGCCAGGCGGGGAAAGUGCGCACUCGGCCCGUACCGCAAGGAGGCGGCGGCCAAGUCUGACGCCGUCUUCAAGAGCCGGGAGAAGUUUGACCUCACAGGAAGAAACGUGGCGCGGGUGAGGUUGGUAUAG